GCACCGCACGGUACAGACGGAACCGCCGCCGCGUCGCAUGGCCAACAACGGCGACCUCUCCCCGCCGGCCGACGGCGGCUCCCAGGAGCUGAUUCCAGUCAUCUACCAGUCACGAUACAGCAUGACACCACAGGGUCCUCCGUGUUCUUGGCUUUUCUACUACAGGCCAGUUCCUCUAGGAGGUUUUCGGAGGCGCGUGUAUGAAGAUGGAACGACAAAGGUGGUACGCUUGUCGCAACUGUUCUCUUCGGACGAGCUACGAGACGACGAGUACUACCGAAAGGUUUGCGGAAGGAUGAAGGGAGAAGGGCUGAGAUACGGCGGUAAACUCGUCAGGGCCGUCGUCCCACGGCCAGACCCCAGCGGCGCUCCGGUCGCCGGAGUUGGCAAGGUGUUUCUCGAGUACGCCGAUAUCGACAGCGCGGCAUAUUCCAAGGGGAUGUUGCAUUGCAUGCGGUUUGAGGGGAAGCAGCCAGUUGUUGUGUUCUACCCCGAGGACAAGUUUGCUGAUGGAGAUUACGACGGAUAGAAUGCAAAUCCACUUAUUUUUAUUGUUACAACUAUGGGUGCGUCUAACGAUAAGUGGAUUGACAGUCGACCCACAGCUAGCUGACCUAGGAUGUCUGCCCUCCUGUUUGAAUAGACUAAAAAACCCAAAGUGGUAAAUGUGUCGGUUUAGUUUUUUACUGGUCUGUACGCCCGUUCAUCUAUUCAUUAGCGGCAAAAGAUAUUCAAGAUAAUGUUUGGAAAAUUUUGACCGCACAUCAAACAAAUACACAU